UCCCUCGCACUACUUCCGUUCCGUACUGUUGAUAUGUCGGUGUGUGUUUACUUCGUAGCGGGAGCUGUUGUCCUCUAUCUGAUAGUUUACUACAAUGUGUUCAGAGGAGUGCGGGGCUCGACCUCAGUGAGGCUGGAGGGGAAGACAGUCAUUGUCACUGGAGCCAACACUGGCAUUGGUAAGGCCACAGCUCUGCUGCUGGCAAAGCGAGGAGCCAGGGUGAUUCUUGCCUGCCGCAACAAGGAGAAAGCUGAGGUGGCUGUCUACGACAUCCGCAGGGAGAGUGGGAACAAUCAGGUGGUUUUCAUGCAGCUGGAUUUGGCGAGUCUAAAGUCUGUGCACAGUUUUGCUGAAACAUUCCUCAAGACUGAACCAAGACUGGACAUCCUCAUCAAUAAUGCAGGUGUGAUGGGUCCAGGAUACACUGAGGAAGGCUUUGGCGCAGCAUUUGGGGUGAACCACCUCGGUCACUUCCUUCUCACCAACCUCCUUCUGGACCGACUGCAGAGGUGCGGCCACAGCCGGGUGCUCACCGUGGCCGCACUCCUGCACCGCUUCGGAAGCAUUGACUUCCCUCUGCUGGCUUCCAAGAAAGAUUUAGUGUCCAGUCAGUCCACCUGGCACAACUUCCAGGCCUACUGCAACAGCAAGCUGUGUAACGUCCUCUUCACCAGAGAGUUGGCCAACCGGCUGGAAGGAACUAGCGUCACCUGCUACAGUCUGCACCCUGGCGUCGUCUACACAGAACUGUGUCGCAGUAUGAGUCUGUGGCAGCAGCUCCUCAUUAUGCCCUUUGCCAAGCUCUUCCUCAUGGAUCCAGAGAUGGGAUCACAGACGACCCUGCACUGCGCCCUGCAGGAGGGCAUCGAGCCUCUCAGCGGACGCUACUUCUCUAACUGUGCAGUGCAGCAAGUGGGCGCCAAGGGACGAGAUGAUGCCCUGGCAAAGAAAUUAUGGGAGUGGCAGUCUGAGACCCCGGCGUGCUGUAAAUGUCACCCGUCGUCAGGCGUUUGUGCAGCACAUGCCCUUGGAGGAAGGAGGGAGAGUGCCGAUGUUGCAGAUCCCAGCCUUUGAUUUAGACACGAAAGGCAGACCGGCAGCGAACGCACCGAGGCAUGAAGCUCUCCCCCAUCCCUGUUGACGAUUUGAAGCAUCUCGUGAUUGUUUGGCGGUGUCCGAGGCGAUCCAGGCGCCUGCUAUGCUGUUGGCUCGGUGGAUGGGAAGCGGCC